UAUAAACUCAAACUAAUAAACAGUGAGUGUUUCUGGGCAUUUAUUGGCUCCUUUGUUUCCUGAGAGACAUGACGUCACCGCUACAGACAGAGCAGCCAAUCAGAGCGCAGAGCAGCUGGUCUCCAUGGUAACGAGGGAUCGCUUGGAGCAGAGCAGCGUCGGACUGAAGCUGAGAACGAACUGGGAGAACUGGGAGAACUGGGAGAACUGGGAGAACUGGGAGAACUGGGAGAACUGGGAGAACUGGGAGAACUGGAGGAGAAACUGUCAUGGCAGGAACAUCCAGACACGACCGGGCCAUGGCCCAGAAGGCCAAGCAGCAGCUGUCGGGAUGUUCUGACCCGGUGGAGCGGCUCCGGCUCCAGUGUCUGACCCGAGGCUCGUCUGGGAUCAAAGGCCUGGGCAGGACCUUCAGGGUCAUGGACGACAACGAGAGCCGCUCCCUGGACUUCAAGGAGUUCCUGAAGGGCCUGAACGACUACGGGCUGCUGAUCGAGAAGGACGAGGCCGCCGCCUUGUUCCGCCACUUCGACCGCGACGGCAGCGGCUCCAUCGACUUCGACGAGUUCCUCGUCACCCUGAGGCCUCCCAUGUCCAAGUCCAGGAAGGAGGUGGUGAUGGAGGCAUUCAGGAAGCUGGAUAGGACCGGAGACGGCGUGAUCACCGUGGACGACCUGAGGGGCGUCUACAACGCCAAGUACCACCCAAAGUACCAGAACGGGGAGUGGACCGAGGAGCAGGUGUUCCGGACCUUCCUGGACAGCUUCGACUCUCCGUACGACAAAGACGGGAAGGUGAGCAAAGAGGAGUUCCUGAACUACUACAGCGGCGUCAGCGCCUCCAUCGACAGCGACGCCUACUUCAUCCUGAUGAUGAGGAACGCCUGGAAGCUCUGAUGAAUGACGAGUCGUAUCAUAAUGUUUUACAGCCAUCACUAUUGAUAAUAAUACUGAUAUUAAUGGUUCACUGAUAUCACAUAAUUGAUGUCCAUUUUUAGGAUGUGAAGCUUUACUUCAACAUUUCAACAGAAACUUUUAUUCUUCAUGAUCAAUGAUUGGUUAAUGACGGUUAAAUAAAGGUCCUAGUUCAAACCUGGCAGUAUGUACAGAACAUUAAUAGAGACAAAGCGGAGCAGUACAUUCUUGUCUGGAUGCUUGUGACGUUUGGACCGGGUCGGAUUUUACAGCAGCAGCGCCGACCCGACCACAAUCAGAACAAACAGGUUGCAACAGGAAGUCCCCACUCGGCAUGCGGCGCGU